UUCACAGCAAUAAUCUCUUUCUUUCUCAAUCAUUCUCUGCUCUUUUUACUCUCUCGUCCAAUCAUCAUCACCUCCUCUUCAUUUAGAGAGAGAAAGCUUUUAGUCAGAGCAGUAAUAACUUAACAGGAGAGUGCACACAACAAAUUCUCUCUCUUCACGUCUCUUCUUCUUUCUUCUUCUUCUUCUUCUUCGUUUAUGCGUGAUCGUGAAGAGCUAAUUUUCGUGGUUCAGUUAAUUCCUUGUUUGAUUCUUUAACCUCAUUCAGCAGAAGCGUUAUGCGAUGAAGCAGUCUUCAAACAACUUGUCUCCGGCUACUGUGAAGAAUCCUCCAGUAAAUAUAUCUAAGGAAGGGGGAAGUGGUGGAUUGGGAAUUUUAUCUGGAUCGGACAUAUACCAUGCUCCAAGUGAUGCUACACUUUUUUCUAGCUCAUUACCCGAUCUUCCACAUGAAAAGCUGAAUUUGAAUGAUACAGAAUUUGGUCAACAUUCCAUUGAUGAUGCCUUGUCUAGUCUAGAUAAUCUUCGACAAGAUGAGGAUGUGGAAGGUAAUGAUUUACUUGAGGAUGUUGAGACUCAUGCAAUUGGAAGUUUGCUUCCUGAUGAUGAGGAUGAACUGCUAGCUGGCAUUAUGGAUGACUUUGACCUGAGUAGAUUGCCUGGUUCACUGGAGGACUUGGAAGAUUAUGAUCUUUUUGGUAGUGGUGGUGGUAUGGAACUCGAGAAUGAUCCACAAGAAAGCCUGAGUGUGGGAAUCUCUAAGGUAAAUUUAUCUGAUGGUAUUGUUGGGAAUGGGAUGCCUCAUUAUGGUCUUCCAAACGGUGUGGGAACUGUUGCUGGAGAACAUCCAUUCGGUGAACAUCCUUCAAGAACACUAUUCGUUCGAAAUAUUAAUAGUAAUGUUGAAGACAUAGAACUGAGAACUCUCUUUGAGCAAUAUGGCGAUAUUAGAACUCUCUACACUGCAUGUAAACACAGGGGGUUUGUGAUGAUAUCUUAUUACGAUAUUCGUGCGGCUCGAACUGCUAUGCGGGCAUUGCAAAACAAGCCAUUACGACGGAGGAAACUUGAUAUUCACUUCUCUAUUCCAAAGGACAAUCCAUCGGAUAAGGAUAUUAAUCAAGGAACUCUGGUUGUUUUUAAUCUGGAUCCAUCAGUUUCAAAUGAAGACCUCCGACAAAUAUUUGGGGCUUAUGGUGAGGUGAAAGAGAUAAGGGAAACGCCACACAAGAGGCACCAUAAGUUUAUUGAGUUUUACGAUGUGAGAGCUGCAGAAGCAGCACUCAAGUCAUUGAAUAGGAGUGACAUAGCCGGUAAACGCAUAAAGCUUGAACCUAGCCGCCCUGGUGGGGCACGUCGGAACUUGAUGUUGCAACUCAAUCAAGAGCUUGAACAAGAUGAAUCUCGGAGUUUCCGGCCUGCAGUGGGUUCACCAGUAACUAACUCUCCACCAGGUAGCUGGGCGCAAUUUAACAGUCCCAUUGAGCAUGGUCCAUUGCAAAGUAUGAGCAAAUCCCCUGUUUUCAGCACUUUGAGUCCAACAACCAGCAACCAUUUACCUGGGUUGGCUUCAAUUCUUCACACUCAAGGGUCAAACUCUGUGAAAGUUGCGCCUAUUGGCAAAGACCAAGGAAGGGGUAGUCUUGUGGAGCAUGCAUUUACAAACAUGAACUCAUCCCAUGGGGCUACAUUCCAACAGUCACAUUCAUUGCCCGAGUCAAAGUUGAACCAAUACCAUGGAAGUAUGUCAUCUUUUGGCGGUCCUUCAACAUCUAGUGGAUCUGUUGUGGAAACAUUAUCAGGUCCACAGUUUCUAUGGGGAAGUCCAAAUCCAUACCCAGAGCACAGUACUUCUUCUUCCUGGACAACGCCAUCCAUGGGCCAUCAUCCAUUUUCAUCAAAUGGGAAGGGCCAUGGCUUUUCGUACAUGGGUCGGCAUGGUUCUUUACUUGGCUCAUCCCAGAACCAUCAUCAUGUUGGUUCUGCUCCAUCUGGAGUUCCUUUGGAGAGGCACUUUGGAUUUUUCCCAGAGUCUCCGGAAACUUCGUUCAUGAGUUCUGUUGCAUUUGGAGGCAUGGGUUUGGGACACAAUGAUGGAAAUUUCAUGAUGAGUAUGCGCGGUCGUGCACCCAUAAAUACUGGCAUUCCCAUUCCCAGAAAUGUGUCUGAAAAUGGAUCUUCAAGUUACAGAAUGAUGUCUUCACCAAGGUUAAAUCCUUUGUUUUUAGGUAAUGGCCCAUACCCGGCAUUGACUCCCAGCACCAUGGAUGGUUUUAGUGACCGUGGGAGGAGCAGACGGGUUGAGAAUAAUGUGAACCAAGUAGAUAGCAAGAAACAGUUUCAGCUUGACUUGGAUAAAAUAAUCAGUGGGGAGGAUACUCGGACAACCUUAAUGAUAAAAAAUAUCCCCAAUAAAUACACAUCGAAAAUGUUGCUAGCUGCCAUCGAUGAGAAUCACAAGGGUACUUAUGAUUUUCUCUACUUACCAAUUGACUUUAAGAAUAAGUGCAAUGUGGGUUAUGCAUUUAUCAAUAUGCUGUCUCCUUCACAUAUAAUUCCAUUUUAUGAGGCAUUUAAUGGUAAGAAGUGGGAGAAGUUUAAUAGUGAGAAAGUUGCUUCUUUGGCAUAUGCUAGGAUCCAGGGGAAGGCAGCACUUGUGACCCACUUCCAGAAUUCAAGCCUAAUGAAUGAAGAUAAGCGCUGCCGCCCAAUUCUAUUCCAUUCAGAGGGGCAGGAAGCAGGUGAUCAGAUCAUCCUGGAGCAUUUGCCAUCCAGUAGUUUGAACAUCCAGUUCCGCCAGCCAGAUGGUUCGUUCUCUGGAGAAUCUCCAGGAAGUCCUACAAAGGAUGGCUUCAGUGAGAAACCAGAAAAAAGUUAACAAAUAUGUCAAGAAGGAAAUGGCCCUCAGUCUAAAUUGAUGUGGCUGUAGGUGCUAACCCCUGCGUAUAUAUUCAAGUGUAAAAAUUUAGGAUGAGAUGGUUAGGAAAGGAGAGUUGCAGACUUUAUAGUGUUUAGUGACAACAUUGAAGGAAGCAAGGACACGUUAAUGUUUUUUGAUCAGUGGUUUUUAUGCUUGAGGAAGCAGAAUAACGUGAUCUCUCUUGCUCGUGUUGAGUGCACAGACCACCAAAUUGUGCAUGUUUUCUCUUUCAGGUUCAUUUUUGGUUUUUAGGGGUAACUUCUGCAAAUAUGAUGUGUAUGAUGAUAAAAUGUAUCUCGGGCUUUUUCAGAUUUUAAGGGACAUUGAUGGUGUAACAUGGGUAUUGUUACAGAAUUGUACAGUGGGUGAGCCAGCCCUUUUUGGGUUAGUCUCAAAAUUGUUUCUCAAAAUAGAAGUUAAUUUGUAUUUAAGAUAUGCUGAAAUUUUUUGUUUU